GUCAUUCCUGGACGGCUGCCUGCUUCCUAUCCAGUUCACGCGAAGUUUAGAUCGAUAUGCCAGGCAAGCUGCCACCAGACCGCCUUGGUUUUGACAGAGAAGAUGCGAUUCUGUAUGAGUUGGUCCCUGUGUCUGAAUGGCUUCCAGACGAUUCUUCCGGAGAACAUAGGGCAAUUAUGCGAACCCCAGGGAAGAUCACCCAAGCCGUUUCGAGUUCGUACUCCAGUGUUCCUCAACGACUGCUCAAAAAUAUUGCGGCCCGCCUUGUACGCACAUUAGAUGGACUGGUCGUAUCUGCAUCUGUGCCACCAGCGCUGGUUCAACUGCUUCCAUUUGUUCGGUCAUCUUGGAUACUCGAAGCUUCUCCGUGUGGAGAAUAUCUCGCAGUUGUCACAGAUGAAAUGCUCGAGAUACGAUCAAAAAAGGAAGCGUUUGAGGUCACCGGAGUGGUGUCACUUGAUCGCGAUGGGUUUCCAUCUUGGCGACGAAUUGCGUGGUCGCUUGAUUCUCAAUUGUUGGCGGUGACUGGGAGUGACGGCCGAGUACAAAUAGUUCGCACCGAUGGCGUCCUGAUGUGCUCCAUUUCGUCGAAAACUAAAGAGGCUGGCUCAGGGCGUGGUUCGAUUUCCCUGCCAACCCGCCCUGUUGAGGUGGAAUGGGAAGACCUGGGAGAAGCAUAUCGGGAUCCUGUCGGCUUUAUUGAACCUAUAUCCACCCUCUUGUUUGUGCGACCGGAGAGGGACUCUAAGACGCCCGUUUUCAUGUUCGAGAAUCAUCAUUACACGCAUGAACUGAUUACAAUCACCUACGAUGGCCUACUCCGUAGCUAUCUUAUUAAUCUCGACGGAUUGGCCCAAGCGCUGCCACCACCGAGCACCACGUCAUAUGUUCCGGCGUUACAUGGUCGAAGAUCAAGUACCGCGGGACUCUCUAUUUUACGUGAAAGUAAGCAGCAUCCUGGGCAAAUCACCUAUUACCAUAAAUUCUCGUUUCGUCAUUGGCACAUGUGCGUUUGCACUGCUGUGGCAGACGUGACCCGAGGUGUGCUACUUGUGAGCGGGAAGGGAGUGCAUGUUCGGGGCAGUAAGCUACGUGAUGGUAAAGAAGCCAGUCUUACGGGGUUUAUAUCCGAAUGGAAGCUUAUCUGGGAGAAACCGCACUAUCAAAUGGAAGGGGUGGAGGUUACAAAGGCCAAUUUGGAUGUUCCGUUGGACGACCAUGCGGCGGAAGGUCUAUGGGGGAGCAUCAGAAAGGUUUUCACAAUAGAUUCUGUUCUUAUGUCCAUUCAGCCUUCACGAAGGAUGCUCUAUCUGGACACCAUCCAUCGUAUUUACUUAUCGCCUGCUGGGACGCAUCUUGUUACACUGGACUGCGGCGGAACAGUAAAAGUUUGGGCAGUGAAGGGACUUGAGUUACUGCUUGAAUGGACAUCCGCAGAGCUGCAUGAGCAACUGAAGCGGUCUUCCACUACAAUCACAGAAGGCACCGAUGUGGACCUGAGGUCGUCCAAUCACGUAAACGGAAUUUCCGGCAGCCCUACCGUUGUUUCGGUUGGCUGGUGGUCCAAUUCUAGUAUCACUUUGGCAUUUCUUGACGGAAGUGUUUUCAUCCUUAAUCUACCUCAUUUAACGGAUCUGCUAGGGAAUAGCCUGCAAAAGCUGCGUUGCCAUCCAGACGUGGUUUCAAUGAACGGAGAUCGGUUGUUUAUACUUGAUUGCGAAAAGAAAAUUGUGCGUUUGUGUGUGCGUGAUGGAGUUUAUUCUCCCAUGCGAGCCACUAGCGACGACCAUCUGAUAGAUGAAGACCAAAAUGAAGAUCCCCGCCAGAAGACCGCGGUCGAAAGAUUACUUUCUAUUGCAGCUCGUCCGUUGCGAUUCGUCACUGACACCUUCCUGUGGCAUUGGGAAGAUGAAACGUCGCCUUCCAGAAAAAUGGUGACAGUGCAAAGGCGGAAAUAUCGUCUGUUGUGUUUAUUUAAGACCACACCGCUUGAAGCCAUGAGACGCAAAAUUCAGCGGGAGGACUUUGGCGCGGCUUUAGAAUUAGCAGCGCAGUUUGGAUUGAGUAUGGAUGAGGUUUACAAAGCGCAGUGGGUCCGAGCGGAGGUAUCUGAAGACUCUAUCCGUGAUUUUCUGGUCAAAGUGGAGAAUCGGUCAUGGGUCCUGCGUAACUGUUUGGAAAGAGUGCCCCCGUCACCUAAAGCCACGAAGUUGCUGUUGCAAUACGGACUGGAGCAGACAGGGAGCGUUACCUUGGAUGAUGUUGAAAGAGAUGUUGAAAACUUGCUGGACGAUCUAUGUGAACAACCGAGUGCAUCCGCAGUUCAGGCGACCCUGGAUGACGAACAGGGCCACCUACCAUCUACGGCCGAGCUAUGCCUGUAUCGCUAUCGUUUUUUGAAGUAUCUUGACAGACUCGAGACGCAUGAAGCCAUAUACGCGGGCGCAUUUGAUGACCGCAACACCGAAGGCAGCCACAGCAAUUUUGCAGAGCACUUUGCGUGGUUCAGAGAUUGCGACUUGGUUGUUCAAGCAAUAAACUAUGCAACGACAAAAAAUAUCCCGGCGUUACAACAGCUUUUCACGCGUCAUGGUAGAGAAGUCUUGCCGUUUCGUUUGGGCAUUUUGAAGCAGCUUCCGGAAACAGCCGAUCCUAGAGAGUAUGCGCACCUUUUACCUGUUAUUGACGGACACAGUGGUCAAGAGAUGGAGUGGCAGGUUAUUCCAUGGCGAAAGCCAGAUUGGACGGAGUCAGACACGGUCAGAGACUUCAUAGGAAUUGUGGAAGAGGGUAAUGAACAAGAAUCUGAGGAGGUCUUGCCAACAGGAUGCAGACAGUAUAACUACCCCGCCUCGCUUGAGGUCAUUCGAGAUUGGUACCGUGAACGUGCUGGUGAAGUUGAAGGGCUGUCUGGGCAGGUGGACUUUGCCCUGGAGCUCAUUCGGUCUGGUAUCGACAACAAUGUGACUGGGCUAGAGGACUUGGCCGAAGAUUUACAAACCUUAUCUGAACUGAUUUACGACUGUUACAGUCCAGAUUCGAAGGCAGCCUUGGAUCUCUCCCUCGAUCGUCUAUGCAGCUUGUACCCUGGAGAAGUGGUGCGUCUGUUUCUUGUGGAAGCGGAAACCCGUACAGUGGUUUCGAUAAUGGAUCGGUUUGUUCUACCAUUCCUGAGCCGGCAGGCUUUGAGAUGGGAGCGACAACUUCGGGAAGGGAACGAAAUGGUGCCGCCAGAGCCACAGGAAGCCAUUCGCAACAUUCUACAUGAAUGGCUCAUCGAGGUUGCCGACGAGCAUCUAGACUGGUGCGUAGCUGUCUUUGAAACAUUCAGCGCGACUCCAACCGGCAACCAUCGAAUCAUCGGUUCCAGGAAAGAUCUAGCAGAUCUGUCCAUGCAGUGUGCUUAUCGCUGUACUCGUACCAAUGCGCUUGGAGAGUUUCGCAAAUUGCUCAAGAGCAUCCCAUUUCAAAACCUGCAGAGCACAAUAUCUCCGGCGGAGCCUAUCCGCAAGUCAAUGUCAUGGGAGGACGAGCUCGAGCUCGCGAUGCUCGAAAUCAAUGAUUCUAAUAUGGCGUUGCCAAGUGACCUAUUGGAUGAUCCAGCGGUAAUGGAUGACUUGCAAGAACGCUUCCAGCGGUUCAAAGUACACGUAGAAGCGGUUGCGAUAUUGGAACGCUAUGGUCUAGCGAGGCCUCUGUCCUGGUUUCUGGAAUCAGACAACAAUAUCGAUGCGCAACGUCAAUUGGUUGUGCAGCUUGCUAGACGGUCAGCGGGGGGUGAAGGCAUGGGAGCCGGUGGUGAACAUCGUUUUGAGUCUGAAGACGAGUGGUCUGGGCUCUUGGACGACAUGCUGGAGCUUCACCAAUUAGGGGUCUUAGACCGUGUCCCGAGAAGAGAUAUCUAUGUGGAGUUUCUCUCGGUUGUUCUCAGCAGCGGAAAAUUCCGAUUAGCAAAAAGGAUCAUGCAACCCGAGUCAGGCCUUCCACCUCUACCGAGUGACGUUUCGGAGACGUUGGUGAUCAACGCCGCAAGAGAAUUCUUCGAUAACGCCCAUAGUGGGGACAUGAACCAUGGCCUUAUGAAGAAAGCACGAGACUGUCUAAAAGUGCUACCGACAUCCCCCAUCUUACAGACAGAACUAAACUUAAUCAAGGCGACACAUCAGCUGACAACUCGUUAUAAUAUCACAUUGGAUCCCAAGGAAGAUAUCCUCAUUCUCCCCAUUCAGAUCCGAUUGCAUCCAGAUCGUCUUCAGCUCAUACAGCAGAUCCUUCGGCGGUAUCCUGACGCAUACAAUUCCGCCCCAUCCUUGCUCGAACUCACCAAAAUGCUCUUGGGUGAGCAGUAUAAUCGCAGCGUAGAAGUGCGUGCGCAAGCAAUGAUUGCGACAGCUGCCCUCGAGGCAAAAAGCUACGAGACUGCAUAUCAAAUAUGCGAAGAUCUCAUCAGGGGAAUGGGCGAAGCACGGUCCAUUGAUCCAUUGGUGGCCGAGGCGGUCUGUAAAGUCUGCAUGGCUCUUGGAAAUGUGGCUGAAUGGCCAGAUCUCAAGAAGAGGAUGAAGGUUGUUGGUCACGCGCUGGCACUGUGCCCAACCGAGAAAAUGGUCGAAGGACUUGCGCUUUGGAGGUCCUUGGAGAGCGAAAAAACCGCGUUGGAUGCUGUAAACCGCGUCCCCGGAAUAAAAUCCGCACCGUCUCUGCUAGGUCGCCUUGAUGGCACAUCCGAAAUGGGUUCCGAGUCGUGGAUAUUCAGUGUGGAGAAAGCUAUUGGAGAGCUCGAAAGACAAUUGCUGGCAUUCGAAGAUCCUGGUCAUCUUCAGGCCACCGCCAAAAUUAAAACUCUGCCGCGGCAUCCAUUCUACCAGAAUUUGCAGAACGUGGAUUCUCUCAAAGCAUACCCCGGUGGCGAGUUGGCUGGUUCAACAAUUCAAGGAGGCCUUCUAGAGGCUUUGAUGAGAUUAAGAUCUGCUCAUGGUACGUUCGCGGCCGGAAUGACACAGCUCGAUGACAACGGUGAAUGGAUCAAGGACGAAGAUCUUCUCAGUUACUCAGCAGAGAUAUAUGCGUCUGACGCUGUUCUCGCUUUCAAUUGUCUGCUACACCAGCAAGAGGAUCAUAAAGCUGGGGAGUUUUUCGAUGGGCUUCCGCCAUCACCAGCAAACGACCUGUUAGCGUGCUACUACUAUGCUCACAAGACGUUCUCCCGUACAUUAAGCGCCGAUAAUCGUCAUUUUCUCGCGGAGCUGCCUAAAUAUGCACCGUCAGACGUCAUUCGUAACAUCGAUCGAUUGGCCUCUACACUGGAUCGGCCAAAUGGAGGUCCCCCCGCGAUCUCCAGCCCUCUUAGCCCACUGCGGUCCGUAGGAGAUUGGGACUUUGAUUUGCCUCUGCCAUUUUCUGGUGACCCGCAGCCGCCAGAUACCAUCGAUCCGGCCGCAGCGUGGCCACCACCGAAAAGGCAGCAGGUUUUGGGAGAACAAGCUGCUGAAGCCUUGACGAAAGCUCGACAUUAUAUAACUCUAAUGGAAAACAGGCGACAAGAGCGCAUGUUGCGCUCCAUAUAUGAUAGAAAGGGUGUAGAUCCACUCAAGUUUGAGCAAAAUGAUGAGUAUAAAAGAGCGGUUGUUCUUGACAUGGCUCGUACAUUGGACGAGGCCGUGCUAGCGGAGGCAUUCAAACUCGCCCAUGAAGUUGGAGUGUCCGAUUUGGAUGUGGUUCUGUCAAGGGUGGCGUGGCUUUUCUGUUCGGAGGCCAUCUCUGCUUCGGUUGUGGAAGAACAGCUGAAGAAAUACGACGUGCAUCUUAAAGAGCAUCCUACGCAAGUUGAGGGUGUAUUGCAGAAGAUUCAUGACGAGCUCGAUGGUCGCUCUCAUGCAAAGCUUCUCCUGCUGUAUGAGGCGUUUUUGACCUGUCAAGGUCCACUUAACCAAACUCCGAAGGACCAAAACCUUAUCGAUGAGCUCAAGAACCGAGUGGCUGUCCUACGAGUCCUUUGCAGCACAUCUUCGUUGGCUUCGCUGGAUCUGAAGCAGGCAGUUGCAGCUCAGUAUAUUGGACUAGAUGCAUUCGUUUCAGCAUUGAACGUAACGUCACUCCAAACCUUAAAUGAUGUCACGGCAUUGAUUCCGCAAUUACUCGAAUUGGAGAAUGUGCCCGUCUCCCCGGAUGUUCCUGUGACUGGACACGUAAAGCAGGUUCCGGGGAUUUCUACGAUCAUUAGCACCAUAUAUUUGCAAUACUCGAAAUCACUGAUCCCAACCGUGCCAUGGGAAUACAUGGAAGAGGGAAGUGUCGCGUCAAAGAUAUCACAGAUAAUUCAUCUCUUCGACCAUCUACUUCCAAAAGAUCUGUUAGCACUCACUUCUCUGCUGACGACGCACCAUGAGGCAAUCGGCAUUCCAGUCGCAUACCGUUGCGAUAUUGUUGCGCGCGCCAAAGCGAUUGCCCAUAAGCAAGUCCAAGACCACAUUACAGGGGCGGAGCUCGUAGUAUCUCAGCUCCAAAACAUCGAUCGUCACCUUACUCUCGUAAAUGAUUUGCACGCGGUCGUGGACGAUGCGACUGCCGAGACAAUUGCGCCUGAGCGUAUUCAGCAAUUCGAUUCUGCAUUCGAAGAAGGCCCAAAAGCCGCUGCGAUUAUAUGCAUGCGUAUGAUCAUUGCGGGUACGUCACCAGUUAUAAUGCACAAAAUAUGCUGCAUUUUGGAAAAGUCGUUCGGGUCCCAGAUGUCGUUCAGUAUGUCUGAUAUGUAUGAAGAAACUAUGUGGUGUAUUUUGGGGCAUCCCCGAGAUCCAAUGUACGCCAGUGUGUUCCGCCGUGGAGUGGAUUCACCUUCGGGAGCGCUGGAAAGAAUACUCGCUAGUAUAGCAAGCCACCAAACGACUAAAUCGGACCCACCUCAAUCUGCCAUUACCGAUGCGCUGGCGGUUCAGCCUGAGACAAACGCUGGAACAACAAGUGGCUGGGACGCUGGUGAAGGCUGGGACCUAGAUACUGGUGAUGGUUGGGACAUUGGUGGCAUUGACGAUUCAUUGCCAUCCUUGGCUGUUGCUGGGGAUAGUAGCGAUGGCUGGGAUAUUAGCGGUAUCGAGGACCUUCCGCGCCAACAAGUGAUGAGUGAAACACAAGAAGGCUGGGAAACCGGCGACGAGCUCUUGGGACCAGCCGAUACUAGUACCUCAGAGUCCGCAAGCGGAUGGGAUCUUGACUUACCUGUUCCAGUUAUGAAGGAGACUGAAGCAGCUAUAACAGACACUAACGAAAGGCUGAAAAAGGUCCUGGGAGACGUAGUCCACAACUUGGGCAGCGUAGAUGCUGACCUAAGGAUGAAGGCGCUCUCUCUGUUGCAAAAGUAUUAUGCCUUCCAGAGCGUUGAUGCUCAGCAACUGCAGACAACUAAGCUUGUCUUGAUGAUCCAACAGGUUUGGGGAAUCAACGUGCGCAGUAAUCAACUGAAUAACCCGUCCCAACGCCCAGAAUUGUUUCAAGACUUAUUGAGCGCCACGGAAACAGCGCCUCAAGCUCAAUGUCUAGUUGCAGUACUCACUGAGUGGCUACCGAUUCCAGCAGUGGACAUUGAGCCAUACAGCGUACCUGGAUAUCUUCAGAGAUGCUGGCGAAAUUUGUUCUGCUGGAUGGUUGAACACGGAGAGUUUGGCAUGUUUAUGCUCACCAGGGUGGAAUUCGGCGGUUUUGACAUAUUGGACGAAGAAGCUGAGCGAAUGCUUCUGCAAAUUCUACAAGAUAUUGACCUUGAUGCGGAAUACCUAAAGCAUGCAUUUCUAUCACGACGCUAUCUUAUUGUCCACGACGCUGUCGGUCGGUUGGAAUUGAUUAGCGCAACAUCUCUCGAACGCCUAGCGGCAGACCGCAUUCUUCACAUAAUAUUAUGUUGUCGUGGUCUAUCUGCUUUACUCGUCGGAACCCCUUUAUGGCAAUCAAUCCGACAGACUUUACUUAGUGGCCCGCAAGAGCAGAGCGAUGAUCCUUCUCACUCAAAUAAACAUCGAGAACUUCUCGGUGUGGUGGUUUCCGAUCUUACUUCUGCGGGCUAUGUCUCGGCUGCGGCGGGAUUGACCUUUGGCUACGCAAGUGCAGCAGGGGAUGGUCUUCGAGUUACCGCGUUCAGAAAGAUUUUAGGGUUUGCUGGAGUAGAUAGCGCGGGCUCGGGCAACAACACUACUGGAGCAGACUAUGUACUAGAAGAUAAGAUUAUUGGGAGAUAUUUGGGCAUGGGUAUGGAUGGGAGUAAAAACUCCAGGCAGUAGCAUUUGGAAAUAUUUUAUGCCUUUCGUAAUUGUAACUACAUGACACCACCGGAUAUUUCGGAUGGGAGCAAAUGCUGAAUAACAUGACUACUUCCC